GUCCAUCUGUGCCAGUAUCUAUUCUUUCUACUGUUUUCCAUAAUGCAAUCUAGUGCUCACCAGUUAUGCUGAUUCCACCGUGUUUGCAAUAUUUUACGAACAACAAUUCAAAUCUUGGGACAGAGGAGGCUAGGUUCGCCGAAAGAUGGUUUCUUUACUCCCCAUUCCCCACACUCGUAAAUUCUUCCACUUGUUCCGAGCCUUUCAGAGGAACCUUCGCCAUUCUUCUAAGCUCAGCCCACCACAGUCAGUCGACCGAAUCUCCCGCCUCCUCAUCCUUAGGAGAUACGACGUGCUCACCAAUCUCGCUUUCCACUUCUCCGAUGACCUCCUCAAUUCUGUUCUCUACAAUCUCAGACUAAACCCCGACGCAUGCUUGGUAUUUUUUAGAUUGGCAUCAAAGCAACAAAACUUUAGACCGAACAGCAAGUCUUUUUGUAAGAUUCUUCACAUUUUGUCCCGGGCUAGAAUGUAUGAUGAGACUAGAGAGUAUUUAAACGAAUUGGUUGGUUUAUGUGAGAACACUUAUUCUGCGUUUGUUGUUUGGGAUGAGCUUGUUAGGGUUUAUAAGGAAUUUUCCUUUUCCCCUACUGUUUUUGAUAUGAUAUUGAAACUAUAUUCUGAAAAAGGCAUGAUUAAGAAUGCACUACAUGUGUUUGACAAUAUGGGCAAGUACGGUCAGCUGCCUAGCUUGCGCUCUUGCAAUAGUUUGUUAAGUAGCCUGGUUAAAAAUGACCAAAGCUACACUGCUGUGCUUGUUUAUGAUCAGAUGAUUACGCUUGGGAUCGUUCCUGAUGUUUUUACAUGCACGAUUAUGGUGAAUGCCUAUUGUAAAGAUGGGAGAGUUGAUAGAGCAGUGGAGUUUGUGAAAGAAAUGGACAAUUCAGGUUUUGAAUUGAACGUGGUUGCUUACAAUAGUUUGAUUGAAGGGUAUGUUAACUUGGGAGAUCUAGAAGGUGCGAGAGGAGUGUUAACGUUGAUGUAUGAAAGAUGUAUUCCCUGUAAUUUGAUUACGUAUACUUCUUUGAUGAAGGGGUACUGUAAACAACAUAUGGUGGAGGAAGCAGAGAAGGUACUUCGGACCACAAGGAAAGAGGGGCUUCUUGUUGUGGAUGAAUAUGCUUAUGGUGUUUUAUUCCAUGGAUAUUGUCAAGUUGGUAAAAUGGAUGAUGCUGUUAGGCUUCAGGAUGAAAUGUUAAAGAUAGGUCUGAAGAUGAAUCUGUUCAUUUGCAACUCCUUGAUUAAUGGUUACUGUAAACUUGGUCAAAUUUAUAAAGCAAAGAAGGUGAUAGUACAAAUGGAAAACUGGAAUCUCAAACCAGACUCAUUUAGUUACAAUACUCUUGUUGAUGGAUACUGUAGAAAAGGUCACAUGGGUGAGGCUUUCAAGCUUUGUGAUGACAUGCUUCAGAAAGGAAUUAAACCAACUGUUGUGACAUAUAAUACUCUUCUCAAAGGCUUAUGUUGUUCUGGUUCCUUCAAUGAUGCUUUACACCUUUGGCAACUGAUGUUAACAAGGGGUGUUACCCCUGAUGAGGUUGGUUGUUGUACUCUGCUUGAUGUUUUCUUCAAAAUGGGAGAUGUUCAUGGGGCUCUAAGGCUGUGGAAGAACAUUUUAUCUAGAGGUCUUGGCAUAAAUAGAGUUACCUUCAAUACAAUGAUUAAUGGGUUAUGUAAAAUUGGAAAAAUGGCUGAGGCAGAGGAUAUACUUGGCAAGAUGAAAUACUUGGGGUGUUUACCAGAUGGGCAAACAUAUAGAGUACUGUGUAAUGGGUAUUGCAGAGUUGGAAACAUGGAAGAAGCUUUUAAAAUUAAAGAUGUGAUGGAAGGUGAAGCAAUUGCUCCUUCAAUUGAAAUGUAUAAUUCUCUUAUCACCGUAAUUUUUAAGUCCAGAAAGUUGAGUAAAUUGAUGGAUCUUCUUUGUGAGAUGAAUAGCAAGGGAUUGGCCCCUAAUGUUGUUACUUAUGGAGCCCUUAUUGCUGGUUGGUGCAAUGAAGGAAGGAUGGACAAAGCUUUUGCAGCUUAUUUUGAUAUGCUUGAGGAGGGUUUUGCCCCCAACAUAAUAAUUUUAAGCAAAAUUAUUAGUAGCCUAUAUAGGCUUGGUAGGAUUGAUGAAGCAAAUAUUCUAUUCUCGAAGAUCGUGGAUUUUAUUCCUCUUCUGGAGGACGAAUAUUUUGGAAAAUUUCUGAAAGCUGAUAUUAGAUGUUUGGACAUUAAAAAAAUUGCAGAUUCGCUUGAUGGGAGUGCCAAGAGCUUUUCUAUUCCUAGCAAUAUUGUCAACAAUAUAGCUCUGGCAGGGUUAUGCAAGGCUGGCAAGGUUGAUGAUGCAAAAAAGGUUUUCUCAGUUUUGUUGCUUAGAGGGUUCAUACCAGAUGAUUUUACAUAUUGUACCCUGAUUCAUGGUUGUUUGGCUGCUGGUGAUGUGCAUGAAGCUUUUAAACUACAGAAUGAGAUGCUGAAAAGGGGUAUCAUUCCAAAUAUUGCUACAUACAAUGCUCUUAUAAAUGGUUUGUGUAAAUGGGGAUACCUGGAUCGAGCUCAGAAGCUUUUUGAUAAGCUUCCCCAGAAAGGUGUAUCUCCUAAUGCUGUCACGUAUAAAAUCUUGAUUAAUGGGUAUCAUAAACUUGGUGACAGUACCGGAGCCCUUAAUUUGAGAGACAAAAUGAUAGGUGAAAGGAUUUCUCCUUCUGCUAUCAUUUUGCGUUGAUCAAUCUUCGUUUCGAGCAGGGAGAUACAGGAAAAUUUAUCAAGAUGCAGGACCUAAUUCUCACCGGAAAUUACGUUAAACUUUCACUCAUUGGGGAGAUCUGACCUUCACUAUAUGAUACAUAUUGAUUGCAUAGCUUUUGGUCUUAGCUUAUCAAGAAAUAGAGUGGAUAUGAAGUAUUAAGCCACUAGGGGGUACUAUAGACUUGCAGAAGAAAAUUACCAUGGGAAUUAUGGGGAGGAUUCUCAUUAUUAUGCAUCUUCAGCCUUCAGGGGAUAUCAAGUUGGAGAAGGAGAGUGAAGGUCUACAGCUCGUGCCAUUACAUUAUCCCUUUUAAAAGAAAAUCAAAAGGGCAUAAAUGUAACUGGUAAUAAAUCUCAGUUGGAAGAAGAUGAGCAGUUUGCCAGAGCCUUACAAGAAAGCUGGAACUCUGAACCUCCUCAAUAUGGAAUUGGAAAUGGAAACUUGCUCCAUAUGGACAUGGGAACAGAAAUGUGCCGUAAUGUGGACAUGGAAAUGGAAAUAUUUAGUGAGCAAUACCGGUCCAUUUCCAAAUGAUUUAAGGGUUUGUGCUAGUUGCAAUAUGGAGAUCGGCCCGGAUGAUUUCUGGAUUGCCUAAAUGCAUUCUGGCAUCCAUAAUGUUUCUGUUGUCACGCCUACAAUCUACCAAUUUCUGAUGAUGAGCUGCAGUUUGCUCCUGAUAAAACUCCCAUUUUUUUUUUCUAACUAUAACGUUGAUAGAUAUUUGGGUCUCUUUUUUCCAACUGAGUUAUAUUUGUUAUUUCUUCUCCGGUUCUCCAUGUCCAGGAAUUACUGUUUUAACAAAUUUUGCUACAAGGAGCGGUUCCGUCCCAAAUGUGAUAUUUGCAGGCACUUCGGUCAUUAUUAGAUGCCAGAGACAAGAGGCUUAUGUCUUUCUGAGGAACGAACUGUUAGCACUGUGAGGAUAGUUGCUAAUAUUCUUCCAGUUGUUUUGAUGCAUUGGGAAAGUUUAAUAUAUGUAGUUUGUUUGUAAAGAUAUUUAUAUAAUAUUGAAGCCGGAAAUCACCAGAUUCUAAGGCGACCGAGUUUUGGGACAGGAAACGAGCCACAAGCAUGAUCACAGAGAUCAAUCAAUUGACACGUCAAUGCCAGGAGGGAUGUUGAAGGGCAGGAGAAUCUAGGUUUGAAGUGCAGACGAGCAAUACUAAUGAGCUUCAGAUCUUGUAGAGAGCCGUUUGGUGGGUUUGGAGACAACGCCGUGGCUGUGAUAUUUAUUAAUUCAGGCUUCUGCAGGCAAGAUCACGGAUACAUACAUGUGUGUGCGUGCAUAUAUUUAUAUUUAGAUAUAAACUAGUAGCUAGAACAAAUAAAGAAUGACUUCAAAUCGAUCAUUGUGGGAAUCUAACAUGGCUUAUUUAAAACUAUGUAAUCUGGAAGAAACGUAAGUGCCUUGGGAGAUGAAUAUUGGGGCCUAACUAAGACGAAGUUGCUGGGAGGCUUCAUGGCUUUCCCUGAAGUUGUGGUUGAACCUAAUUAAUGAAGAAUCUGGCUUCUUGUAACAUGCAUAUUUCUUUUCCAAAGUUUUACUGGAAACUCGUGUUACUUCUUUUAUUUUUAGCACCCAGCUUUAUGGUGCAAAUCAAACAAUAAAGUAGACAACUACCGGAAAACAGUACGAUUUUUGGUGCUCA